UGACCAUUGAAUGCCUAGUUAGUGCUCCAAACAUAUUUCCAGUGGUAGCUGUGACUCUCCAACUGAACCAAUAAAUUCCUCCAUUACCAUCACCUUUAAUUCCACCUCCUCAAUUUACUCUGUCUCCCUCCCUCCCUGUGAGUGACCAGCUUUGUUGUGCCCUUCACAGGCCAAAGGUGUGCAACUUCAUGACACUGUGUCUUUUGCAUUAGCCUCCAUGUCAAGACAAUCUUGAGCUCCCACACACUGCUCAAAAGAACAAAGAAAGCUCCUUUUUCGUUCCAAGCUCAGAGGCGCGAAUGGUGGGGCUUGGCACCUCGAAGGUGCUUCAAAAAUUGGAACCUUUUGAUGCCUAAAGAGAUGGUGGAUGCAGAGCAGGAGGAAGGGAGGAGAUGAAGAACAGCAUCUUUUCAUGACCGAAAAGCAACCCAUCUCUUGUUUGCUUGCUCUUCGUUGGUUCUUAAUCCUUCGCACCUAAUGGGCGUCGGGUUCUUUGCCUUCUACCUCUCGAUAACUCUUCUGCUGAGGUGCUUGGCGUCGCAGCAGCCGAACACAGACGCCGCCUUCGUCUCUGAGUUCUUCCGGCGGAUGGGGGUGGCGCCCUCCUCCACCAAUGGCAACUCCUCCCAGGUUUGCUCAUGGAGUGGGGUCUCCUGCGAUGGCCAGACCGAGAGAGUCGUCAGCUUGGUGGCUCCCGGCUUCGGGUUCGCCGGCCCGAUCCCGGAAAUCACUAUCGGAAAGCUCAGCGUACUCCGAGUCUUGGAUCUCGGCGACAACAACAUCACUGCUCUUCCUUCAGACUUCGGGGAAUUGAGUGGUUCCCUCAGAAGCCUCAACCUCUCCUCGAACGAGAUCGCGGGGCCGCUUCCGACCAACAUCGGCAACUUCAAGCGGAUGGAAAGCCUCGACCUUUCGCGCAACCGGUUCUCAGGGGAGAUCCCGAGCGAGGUCCGCUCACUGUCGAGCCUGCGGGUCCUCAAUCUCAGCAAGAACUCGUUGGAGUCGAGCAUUCCGAACGCCAUUCUCGGAUGCGUCUCCCUGGUUGCAGUUGAUCUUUCCAGCAACAGGUUGAGCGGGAGCGUCCCCGAUGGAUUUGGCGCCACUUUCGCAAACCUAAGCACCUUGGAUCUCUCAGAAAACGAGAUCAGCGGAAAGAUGCCAGAUUUAUCCGGGUUGAAUUCGAUCACCUAUCUCAAUCUCUCUGGCAAUCUUCUCCGGGACUUGGAUCUCGGGGGAAUCCGAGGCCCGUUGCAGGUCAUCGACCUUAGCAAUAACCAGUUCCAUGGCCUCAUCUCCCAGGUGAACACCAGCUCCAUCUCCACUUGGUCUUCUCUGGUUUACCUUGACGUGUCGAUGAACGAGCUCACCGGAGAGUUCUUCUCCGGUCUGAGGGAUUUGAGGUCACUAAAGCAUCUCAAUCUUGCAUUCAACAAGUUCUCCAGCCAAGAAUUCCUUCACAUAGAAAUGCCUUCUGCCCUACAGUAUCUCAACUUGUCCAAGACCAAUCUCACCGGCCAAAUUCCACCUGGGAUCUCUCAAUUGCAUGACCUGAAGGUGUUUGAUGUUUCGCAGAAUCAUAUCACUGGCAAGAUCCCUGAGCUAAGCACUGGGAACCUGCAAGUGAUAGACCUUUCAGUGAACAAUCUCACAGGUAAAAUCCCAGAGUCCUUGCAACAGAAGCUAUCCAGUAUCGAAAGGUUCAACUUCUCCUACAACAAUCUCACUUACUGUGCCGAGAAAUUUUCGCCGGAAACACUCAUUUCGUCAUUCAUUGGGUCACAAAGUGACUGCCCCAUUGCAGUCAAUCCAGAUGGUGUUGGAUCCAAGGGUAGCAAACGCAGGGCUCUCAAGCUAGGACUGGCCAUAGCUUUCUCGGUGUUCUUUUUGUUUGCAGGGCUCAUCUGCCUUGCCGUUGCAUGGCGAAGGAGGGGGAAAUCCUGGGCAAUUAAGCAACCGUUGUUCAAAGAGGAGCAAAAUGUCUCCGGCCCCUUCCGCUUCCAGACCGAUUCGACUACUUGGGUUGCCGAUGUCAAGCUUGCUACUUCGGUGCCUGUUAUCAUCUUCGCGAAGCCAUUACUGAACUUUACCUUUGCUGACCUCUUGAGUGCAACCUCCCAUUUUGAUCAAGGAACCUUGUUGGCAGAGGGAAAGUUUGGACCAGUCUAUCAAGGAUUUCUACCUGGAGGAAUCAAUGUUGCUGUGAAGGUCUUGGUUCAUGGAUCAGCAGUGACAGACCAGGAAGCUGCCAAAGAGCUUGAGCGGCUAGGCCAGAUCAAGCACCCCAAUUUAGUGCCCUUAGCUGGUUACUGCUUAGCCGGGGAUCAAAGGAUUGCUAUAUAUGAUUACAUGGAUAAUGGAAACCUACAGAAUCUACUUCAUGAUCUACCACUGGGUGUGCAGUCAACUGAAGAUUGGACUAGUGAUACAUGGGAGCAAGAUAAUGCCGAUGCGCAAAGCAUCACGACGGAAGGGAUGACUACUUGGAGAUUCCGACACAAUAUUGCAUUAGGUACUGCAAGGGCAUUGGCAUUUCUCCAUCAUGGAUGUUCUCCCCAGAUAGUUCACAGAGAUGUGAAGGCAAGUAGCAUCUAUCUUGACUCGGCACUGGAGCCUAGGUUAGCUGACUUUGGACUAUCAUGUUUAGUUGGGGCUAGCAUGGAGGGUGAAUUGUCUCAAGGAUCACCAGGUUAUGCUCCUCCAGAGUUCUCUGAGCCAGAAAAUGCAUCUGCAACAACGAAAUCCGAUGUUUAUGGGUUUGGGGUGGUGCUGUUUGAGCUUCUUACAGGGAAAAAACCAAUUGGAGAUGAAUAUGCUGGAGACAAAGAGACCACUUUAGUCGGUUGGGCGAGGGCUUUGGUUAGAAGAAACGAGCUCACAAGAUUAGUUGAUCCAAAGAUUCGUGAAACGGGACCGGAGAAACAAAUGGAGGAAGCACUAAGAAUUGCCUAUCUAUGUACAGCUGACUCGCCAUCGAAGAGGCCAUCCAUGCAGCAGAUUGUUGGUCUUCUGAAGGACAUUGAGCCUGCCACAAUUUAGCAUUGAAUUGUUCAACACUUCCAACUUCGAUUCAGAUUUCAGGUCUUUGCUCUUCUCUUUUCUCACUUGUUUUCUGCUGUCUCCACUACAUCAUCUGAACAAAGGGCAUGCUAUCACACUCGGGUCACAUUCUCUAUUAACCUUCUAUGAACUACUUCAUGUAUCUCUACAUUGGACAAUCCUUUCAUCUAUGACAAAUUAGGUACUGUCCCUUAAAGCUACUAGAAAAGCAACCUUCAAUAUAACCCUCUGUUCCCUUGUCAAUGAUACAUAUUGCUCUUUUAACCUCAAA